AGAGCUGUAUAAAUUUCCGCAGUGCCGUAUUUCUCUCUUUCGUGGCGAUUUAGUUUAAACCCCAAUGCGGUCACAAACUGAACAGUGCCGUUAUACAGGACUGUCAUCGUAUACAGGACAGGUUUAGUGUGACUGUUCACCGUACUAUUGAAAAUGAAGGAGAGGAGAAUCAGCCAACCUUUGGUAAUGCGUUGCAAACUGGUCUUAGUAGGAGACGUGCAGUGCGGGAAAACCGCAAUGUUGCAAGUGCUAGCCAAAGACUGUUAUCCUGAGACAUACGUCCCGACAGUGUUUGAAAAUUACACAGCUGGGCUGGAGUUAGAAGAGCAGCGUGUGGAGCUGAGUUUAUGGGACACGUCAGGUUCACCUUAUUAUGACAAUGUCAGGCCUCUGUGCUAUAGUGACGCAGAUGCCGUUUUGCUCUGCUUCGAUAUAAGUCGCCCUGACACCGUUGAAAGUGCCCUAAAAAAGUGGAAGGCAGAAAUUAUGGAUUUCUGUCCCAGUACGCGCAUAAUUCUGGUCGGCUGCAAGACGGACCUUCGCACAGAUGUUUGCACAUUGAUGGAGCUGUCCAAUCAGAGACUGACACCCAUUUCCCAUGAGCAGGGAACAUUGCUAGCAAAGCAGGUCGGCGCGGAAGUGUAUCUGGAAUGUUCUGCGUUCACGUCAGAGAAAAGCAUCCACAGUGUGUUUCGCUCAGCUGCGCUCAUGUGUCUCAAUAAACUGCAGCCGCCUAUUAAGCAAACUCCAACUCGACGACUCUCUAAACGCCUCCUUCACCUGCCCAGCAAGGCGGAGCUUCUAAGUUCCAGCUUCAGCAAGAAGAGAACCAAGAGCUGCUCCAUCAUGUGAGCCCACAUUUGCCGCUAUCCACAUCUGUGCUCUAUGAGAGGGUUGGUUAGGGGCUUUGAGAAGAGGGGAGGGCAUAAACUUUCAUGAUCCCACCCUCUUUCUAUAUACUUAUGUUAUUCUUCCAUUCUGACACCCUACCUACAAACACACUCAUCUCUACGUCAAAGAGCAGACGCUUAAAAAAUAUCAAUUAAUUUCCCUUUACCAGCAUAUGGCUUUACAUGAACUGCAUUUUGUAUUGAUGUCAAUCGGACAAAGAGGGAAUAUUGGAUGUGAAGUGCAUAAAAUAUGUUUGUGCAUUUCUGUAUGAGAAUAAGGUAUGAACUGUGAACGCAAGCUGAUAUUCAAAAGGAAGAGGGUGUGAUUCUGUUGCACAGUCUGCACUUUAGUGGAUGUGAGAGAUUAAAUGUUGGGAUGUGUCAGGCAGGAGCAGAGAAACAAAUACAAGUUGGCAUUAGUUGCCAUUUCAAUAUGACUUAAGUUUGUUUACGGUCUAUUAGGGAAGGGACUGAUCUACAAUGAGACCAUCAACAUGUCAUGAAAGAAUAAGUAGAGGAGCUAAACAAGAAUAUUUCCUCUAGAACAAAUGAGGAUGCUUAUAGAUCUAUAUGAAGAUAGAUCGAAUCCAAAUGUGUUGGAGAUGCUGACACACAUUGUUUUACUCUCUCUCUUUCCUGUAGUCCUUCAUGCUACUAAAGAGUGGGUCAUAAAUCUGGGUGAAGUCCUGCACUGCCCUUUAGAGACAGGAUUGCCCUACAGAGCAAAACAAAUGCAUACGUUAUUGCCACAAAGACCUGUCCCAGCUGUUGAGGUUUUUUGGGAUAAGAUCUUUCUCUAAAGUAAUUUUGAACAUGGGUUUAGGAGAUGAGGAAGAAACAGGAUGGGAGAUUACUAAAGGACAGACAGAUACUUCAAUCCACCAAAACUAAUCAAUGUUACAUAAGAAUUUGAAUCUUUUAAAACUUGACUUUCUUAAAACUUCCCUAAAAGGUUACAUGUGAUUCUACAUUAAUAUUCAGUAAUAAAAGUUUGUAUUGUGAUGCAUUCGGUCAGAUCACUAUCAAUGGCGACUCAUCUCUCAACCUAAACCUCAUGGUAUUAAUCUCCAUUUUAAAUCCCGCUAUCCCUGGUUGUGUAAUGCUUAAUCAUAAAACGACUAAAUCCUCGCUUUGGCUUUAUAAAUGGCCAUGUAGACAUGAAUUGAGAGUUUAGAUGGGGAUUACGAGGAAUCGGUCAGAAACUGUAGCUUAUAAUAUUUCAAUUCAUCAAGUGGACAGUUUGGUAAAUAAAUUAUUAUGCAAGUCUCAUAUUUGUAAGAUUUACUGCUUUGCCCCAUUCAUUAACAUAAACUGAAACCCUUGGGGUUUGUCAUUGUUGCCUUACGGUAAUUUAAGGGUGAGUGUGUUUUAACAAUCAGCUUAUUGUAAAAACUUGACAACAAAAGAUGACCGUGUCGAAGAGAAGGUCAAGUAAAUUAAAUAACUGCAUCAGAAUUAUGACAGUAAGCAUGCAGUGUGUUUUGAGGGUUGGUGUAGAUGUACGUCAACAGCAUUAAAUCAGAUCAUAAAUUAUAUAGACACCUCUGGGUAAACCUUUCACUAAACGCCAUCCCAAAGAUUUGUUUGUGGGAAUCUGUCACUUGUAUAUUGGAUAUUGUACGCACAUGGUCGAACGCACAGCCUUGCAAAGUGGUUUAUUUGACUCGCACGUGUGCACAGGCAUUUGAUGCAUGUGUGCAUAGCGGCAAAAUGAAAUGCAUCUCCUAGGCUACAUACUACAUGAAAAUUGCGGACCCCCACGUACAUGUAAGAAAUGGACUAUACACUGGCCUUAGGAGUAGAAACAUUGAACAUACAAACUGGUUUUGCCUUAACUGCACCUCUGAACUUCUUCAAUAUUAUAUCAUUUGCAUUAAUUCAGAUUCCAGUUGACAUGAAACGGUUGAAUCUACAUCAUAUGCUACAUAAUACAGAUCCUGAAUACUACACUAUUGCUUAGCAAGUUAUGUUAAGGUGAAUUGUAUGUCUGUAAACCACUCGAGAAUUUGAUAAAAAGGUGAAGAUAUGGACAAGUUCCCUUACUGUAGCAUAACAAAUGGCUGCACAGGUGAGGUCAUCAUGAUAAUCUAUAAUUAGUUUGUGAUGCAUCUCACAGGCCAUUAUCUUGGUAUAAAUUUGUUAUCGUUGUCUUAUUUGGUAGCACUCUUAUAUCUGUUUGCUGUGGUGAACCUCCACCAUCUUCCUUAAGUCUAAACGUUAAUGUUGUGCAUAAUACUUUUGUAGCCCUUUAAAAUAAUGUCUGUGGAUCAAAACAUUUAACAACAGACGGUAUGACUGUGUAUGAAAUGUCAUGUGUAACUUAUUAAAGGCAGGAUAGGCAGGAAUUAUCUAAAAAACUUCUUUACAAAUUUGUUUAAACUGUCUAUAUAUACAGAUACAUAAUUAAAAUGUAAGUACUCUUUUAAACACAGUUAAUUAUUUCCAUUCAGGAUGAAACAAAUGAUUGGCUUGCACGACUAUCACUCUCUCUCAAGAUCAUGGCACCACCCCUGUUGCUAUGGGAUCUGCCCACACAUGCGCACACCCGAUUGAUUUGAACGUGCACGAGGCACUCUAGGAAGAACAAAAGUAUGGCAGAGAAAGUGCAUUCAGAACUCACAGUACCUGCAUAUGCAGUCAGCGAAGGCAAACAAGGCAAACAAAUGAAUAAACGAACGAAUCAAACGAGAGUAAAUAUCGCGUGGCUUUUCCUCGAGUUGACGAUGCGGUAGCGGUAUUGUCUUCGGAGUGUAGUCCUCAUCAGAGUCAACAAUGCUUUCAUCACGGAAACUCUUCCAUGCAAAACACUGGCUUAAUAUUGAGUACUAAAAGCCAUCCUAUUUGUUUAUAUUCAUAGUGAUAAAGUUAGGUGUAUUAUUACAUGUGAUUGUGACAUGAUGUUACUAUAUGCACCGCGCUCCUUCCUCUCAGCUCGUCUGAGGUAAAUGCUGCUCCCAGCGCGUUCAUGUGUUUUGGGGGCGUGGCUUUAGAAGAAACCCUGAAGGGAGGGGGUGGAGUGAAUGGAAAAAUGAGCUGUGUUUAAAACAGUCGUGAGAAGUCUACAGACACUCGAUUUUUAUACUCUCUUUUUCAGAGUACUUACAUUUUACUUAUGUAUUGGUAUAUAAAGACAGUUUAAACAAAUUUGUAAAAAAGUUUUUUUAGAUAAUUCCUGCCUAUCCUGCCUUUAAAUGAACAGGUAAUUAUUGGUGGAUUUUUGUUUAUUUCCUUAGUUUCAGACAGUCUAUUUUAUAUUAAAUAUUGCUUAUAGGUUUUGUUCCUUGUCUUAUGUCUGAAAAUAAUUAAAAUCUGAAUUUGUUCAAUAAA